AUGUCUACUGUGCAACCAGGCGGCUUGAUCCUUGUGAGCGGUGCCGAUGGUUACAUUGGCAGUGCUAUUGUAAGGGUUCUGCUUGAUUAUGGAUACUCUGUUCGAGGCAGUGUCCGUUCUGUCUCGGACAAUCACUGGAUGAUUUCCCAUUUUGGACCGAAAUUUCACUUAGUUGAGAUACCAGAUGUCAACAUCGCCGGCGCAUUUGAAGACGCUAUCAGAGGUGUUCAAGGCAUCGUGCAUGUUGCGGCCGACACGUCAAUGGCUGCUAAUAAGUCAAUCGUGACACAGACAGUCCAAGGGACCAUUGGACUGCUUGAAGCUGCUGCCAAAGAGAACUGCGUCAAGCGGGUCGUGCUGACCUCAUCUCAAGGAGCGUGUGUCUCAGCAACCCCAGGACAGCCCUACAAAAUCAAUAAAGACACCUACAACGAUCACGCCGUGGAGAUGGUACUGGGCCGUUCGGAUUCAGAUCCGGAUCAGGAAGCGGUGGAUUAUAAUCCGCUGCAGCGAGGAGCUAUACUGUAUCAAGCUGCCGAAACAAUGUCCGACAAGAAAGCCUUUGAGUGGGUUCACGAUCACGAGCCACCUUUCGUCUUCAAUUGUGUUGUGCCCAAUCUCAACCUUGGCGGUGUUGAGUUGGUCGAGCAUCUUGGUCUUCAGAGCAGCUCCGCCGCUAUCGAUGGUUUGGCACAUGGAAAUAGCUUGGGUGCGCAGUUCUUCCCGUCACAGUGGUUUGUCAACGUCAAAGACACGGCUCUGCUUCAUAUGGCGGCGCUCACCAUAGAAGAGGUCAAGUCUGAGCGCAUUUUAGCCUUCUCAGCAAGCUUCUCGUGGAGGGGUAUAAUCGACAUUCUCCAAAGGCGUUACCCAAACAGGACAUUCGCUGCAGUCGACGAGUCUGCGGUUGAUCUGGGCGAGGUCGAUAAUUCUCUUGGAAUUCAACUACUGAAAAGGCUGGGGAGACGUGGGUUUCGGAAUUUGGAGGAGACGGUUGUGGAAAAUAUGGAAGCCGUCAUUCAGGCGGAAUCCAUGCCUCAACCCCCAAGGAGUCGCUUGGAGGUCGUAAUGGAAACCAUAAUGGCGACAGAUAGCACGGUGGAGAAAGAAUCUUUGUAAAUAUAAAAUAGGAACGGGGUUUCACUAGUCUGAAAUCUUAAUUCAAAUAAAAUGCGGGGUAGUAUAGCC